CUGAACGAGUACUAAGACAGUAUAGUUUUUAAGCUGACAGAAUACAGAACAAUUUCGUAAAUACGCUCGAAAUGCGCAUUUUUCUUAAUUUAGUUGUGUUUUUCGUAUUCUGCGGCAAAUUGAAUGCCGAUGGAGGAUACCUCAGCUUUGGUCCAGAGUUCAAGUCUACUAUAGGUGAGAUUUGGCCCAAGCCCUACCAACAAGUGGAGAGUAACAAGUACUAUGCGGUGAAUAGCUCCAACUUUCAAUUUAUCGCGGUGAACGAAAACUGUGCGCUCUUGCAAAGCGCCUUCACACGAUAUGCCAACAUUAUUGCCGCUGCGGCGAAAGGCUACAAUCGCGCCCCUGCCACCGCCAUACUUGGCAUCAUCCAGCAAAUCUGCGUCAAUCUGACACAGCCCUGCGAAGACUUGCCACAUCUCGACAUGGAUGAGUCAUAUUACGUACGCGGCGACGGCGUAGUGCGGGCCAACUCCGUUUGGGGUAUACUACGUGGUCUGGAGACAUUCUCCCAACUGUUGGUGCCAAUGCCAAAUGGGCUGCUACUUACGCGCAGCACAGAAAUUUACGAUCAGCCUCGCUUCAAGUACCGUGGCCUAAUGUUGGAUUCGGCAAGACACUUUGUGAGCAAGGCGAAAAUAUUGCAACUCAUCGAGGGAAUGGCCUACAACAAACUGAACGUCUUCCACUGGCACAUGACGGAUGACUCAGCGUUCCCCUACAGUUCAAGCGUUUUUCCAGAGCUGUCAGCAAAAGGCGCUUAUCGGCCGGAACUGACCUAUUCCAAGGCCGAUGUGAAGGAAGUGGUGAAGUUUGCACGCGCACGAGGCAUAAGGGUAGUGCCGGAAUUCGAUACGCCAGCGCACACCGCUUCAUGGGCAGCUUCACAUCCCGAACUGUUAACGAAAUGUGAGGGCGAAUUCCAAGGGCAAUUGGGACCGUUGAAUCCGACUAAAGAAUCCACUUUUAACUUUCUUCAUAAAUUUUUCAGUGAAAUCAAGUUCCUCUUUCCCGACAAGUUCCUACACUUGGGCGUCGAUGAAGUGGAUUCGGCUUGCUGGGAAUCAAAUGCCGACAUUCAGGCUUACCUGAUGGCACAUGGACUGGACAAUGGAGACUUGCCCUAUUUAUAUUUGGAGCGAUUCUCCGCGAACAUUUCUGCAAUGGGAUGGAAGCAGAUGGUGUGGCAGGAGGCCAUGAUCGAAAACUCUUAUAUGGACUGGCCUGUAGGCACAAUCGCACAAAUUUGGUUUGAUUACAAAAACGCUGCGGCAACACUAACGAAAAAGCGACAAGAUGUCGUUAGGAGUGAUGGCUGGUAUCUGUAUGUGUUAGACACUGGCGCCGACUGGGAGAAGUUCUAUAAUGUCGAACCGACUAACUUUAAUGGCAAUAAAUCGCAAAAAUCCCACGUAAUUGGCGGCGAAGCCUGCUUGUGGAGUGAGUGGAUCAAUGAGCAUAAUGUGCUGCCAACUACGUUUCCGCGUGUGAGUGCGUUGGCCGAGCGUUUGUGGUCUCCCCUUGAGCAACUGGAUGCUGAAAAAGCGCGCUUGCGUUUGGAGGAGCACAACUGUCGUAUGAUCGGACGGGGUAUUGAAGCGCGACCAGCUAAUGGGUUCGGCAUGUGCUAGAGGCGAGUGCAGUGAUGAGACAUUGAAGAG